GAAUUAGGAAUUUUCAUUCGCGAAUUGGUGUUUUCCGGUGAAUUGAAUUAUAUCUAAAUAUAUAUAUAUAUAUAUAUUUGCUAUGAAUUAGGUUUUCUAAUUUUCAAUAUGCGCGUUUCUUGCAACAAUUCUGGUUCCAAUUUUUCGCUAUGAUUUUGUUUUUCUUACUUUUUAUUAAUUUUGAACAGCCAUUUGGAAGCGUACGUUGGUGUUAGAUUUUGAGUUGUAUGUGAAUUUGUUUUAUUUGCUUGGAAUUUUUGAAUGGAAUAGUACUGUGCUUCUUAUCUAAGGUACAAUAUUCUUAUAAUAAUGGAGGAUACGUUGAAAAUAAUACUUUGUUAGUUUUAUUAGUUUAUACUUUCUUCGUUGUCUUCUUUUCUCAUCCACAAUCCUGCGGUUUUAUUAUAUAUAGUUGCAUUUAUUUAAUUAUUUAUUUUGGUUUUCCAGCUUUUCCAGUACUAGGGGAAGUGUUCUCAGUACGUGUGAGCGAUGAUGUUAAAUAAUUCGUGGAAAAUUAAAUUGUUCUUGAGGUAGAAAGAGGUAGAGAAAAUAUUAAUUUGAUCUUUUGGCAGUUUUUAUUUUGCAGGAGAAAUAGGAAGAUAGUGAGCUAAUUAAUCGAAAAACACAAUAUUAAAACUAAGGCUUCUUUAUUGUCGAAACAGUAAAAAAAAAAAAAAUGUUUUGAAUUUAGUGAAUUAUAUGGGAAAAGAAAAUUGAAACGUAAGGGGUCAGUGAAAAUUGAUGAAAUUAUCAUAUUGAAUUUUGUGAAUGGAUUUGUAGUCUGUGUCUCUAUAAGUUCUAAUUUUGAGUUAUAUGAGAUUUUGAACGAUGGAAGGGACAAAAUGUCCAUUGGUUAAGAACUUCUAUGAGGUUGCUUCGCUUUAGCAAGUUAACUGUAUUAUUCAUCAAAAGUUGUACUCUUCUUCUUCUUCUUCUGUUUUUUGGAUUGAUACAAUGCUUAUCUGUUGAGUUGGUGAUUUACCGUUGACUGGUCCUUUCUUCAAAUUAUAGCCAAAUGUUUCAUUUGAUGCCCUCAUGUAUCUUAUCCUAAUUUUUAUCUUUGACCUUUUAGUUCUUUUUUGGGGAAUGUUGAAUAGUCGGCUCCGUAUUUUGUUAUAUAUGCAUGUCAACAUCUAGUUAGGAAUAACACAACCUUUCAGAUUCAUUUUAUUAUUCCUAUCAUGCCUUCUUGUUUGGAUUGACUUCUAAAUACAGGCUGGUUAAUGCCUUUUAUUUUCAAUUUUUUGUAAUAAUCUUCUUCUCCUUCUUCAUCUUCUCUUCUCUUUUUUGUUUUCAUUUUGUUUAGGGUCCUUUAUUAAGUUUCACGUUGAUUUUAAAAGCACAAAAAAUGGGACAAGCUCUUGGUUGUCUUCAAGUGGACCAAUCUACGGUAGCUAUUGAAGAAUCUUUUGGGAAGUUUAGUCAGGUACUUGAACCUGGUUGUCAUUGUUUGCCCUGGUGUGUGGGGAGACAGGUAGCUGGUCACUUGUCCUUACGUGUGCAGCAGUUGGAUGUUCGUUGUGAAACAAAAACGAAGGAUAAUGUUUUUGUGAAUGUGGUUGCGUCUGUUCAAUACCGUGCUUUAGCAGAGAAGGCUUCAGAUGCUUUCUAUAAGCUCAGCAAUACCAGAGCACAGAUCCAGUCUUAUGUUUUUGAUGUUAUCAGGGCAAGUGUUCCGAAGUUGGACCUUGAUUCCACCUUUGAACAGAAAAAUGAUAUAGCCAAAACUGUGGAAGACGAACUUGAAAAGGCAAUGUCGCAUUAUGGGUUCGAGAUAGUCCAGACACUCAUUGUUGAUAUUGAACCAGAUGAGCAUGUGAAGAGAGCAAUGAAUGAGAUCAAUGCAGCUGCUAGAUUAAGGUUGGCUGCGAAUGAGAAAGCUGAAGCAGAAAAGAUAUUGCAGAUUAAGCGAGCUGAGGGAGAAGCAGAGUCCAAGUAUCUGGGUGGGCUCGGUAUAGCUAGGCAGCGCCAGGCCAUUGUAGACGGACUGAGGGACAGUGUGCUUGCAUUCUCCGAGAACGUUCCUGGAACAACAUCUAAGGAUGUCAUGGAUAUGGUCCUUGUGACCCAGUACUUUGACACGAUGAAGGAAAUUGGUGCAUCUUCGAAGUCCAGCUCGGUUUUCAUCCCACAUGGCCCUGGUGCUGUGAGAGACAUUGCCUCGCAGAUAAGAGAUGGUCUCCUUCAGGGAAAUUCCGCUAAUCAGGCUAAUUAGUGAUAUUUCUUUAUGGUUCUAUUAGCACCUAAAGCCAAAUAGAAAUUUUCUUUUGCUUCCUUUUUAAGACGUUGCUUGGUGUGAAUAAAUAAAUUAGGAGAUUUAUUUUGCGUGUAUAUUUCUAUUACCACCUUUAGCCAAUUAGUGUUUUUCUUUAGCGCAACUCUGAAAGUCGAGAGUAUUGGUAUACAGGAUUGGUGUCUGAUUUGUGCAUUCCUUUUUAAUACUUUGCUUUAUUAUGCGCAUAUAAGUAUUGAUGUAUAAAUUAGAUGCGAGAUUUAAUGAGAGUAUGUACCAAAGUAUUUCUAGCAACUAGUGCUACCACUUGUAAGUUUGUCGUUUUAAUCAUGAAAUAUUAUUGUUGGUUUCUUGUUUA